GCGGCUAACUAACCAAUCGUGGUUCUGUAGGUUGUCUUUUAAAAACAUUGGCGGCUGAGGAAGUCUGUUGUUCAUCUUUACAAAGACUGGGAAAAUCAGAAAUAAACGCUCUGUAACUUCAGAAACGAUGCAGAAUAAAGAAAACUAUCAGCCUAAGAUAUUCCAAAGGCCGUUUGCAACACCAAACAUGGCGGGUCCACAACGAGUUCUGGUGAAGCCACACGCAGAAAUGGACAGAAAUGCUAUCACAGGUCCAGGCAGAGAAGGUGUAGGCUCCAGUUUAAUGCUCAAGAAAAUCACAAUUGAUGAUUUUGAUAUUGGACGACCUCUGGGGAAGGGCAAGUUUGGUAACGUCUAUCUUGCCAAAGUGAAGGAGUUGCAGGCAAUUGUUGCUCUGAAGGUGUUGUUCAAGUCACAGAUAGAAAAGGAAGGAGUUGAACAUCAGCUGAGGAGAGAGAUUGAGAUUCAGUCACAUCUUAAACACCCCAACAUUCUCCGUUUCUACAACUACUUCCAUGAUCGCAAGAGAGUGUUUUUAGUCCUGGAAUAUGCUCCACGUGGAGAGAUGUACAAAGAACUGCAGAGAUAUGGACGGUUUGAUGAUCAGCGAACUGCUACAUAUAUGGAGGAAAUCGCAGAUGCUCUGAUGUACUGUCAUGAGAAGAAAGUAAUUCAUCGUGACAUUAAGCCUGAGAAUCUGCUUCUGGGCUUUCGGGGCGAGCUGAAAAUAGCUGAUUUCGGUUGGUCUGUUCAUGCGCCUUCAUUAAGACGCCGUACAAUGUGCGGAACCCUGGACUACCUCCCCCCAGAGAUGAUUGAAGGACACACUCAUAGUGAAAAGGUGGAUUUGUGGUGCAUUGGGGUCCUCUGCUACGAGUGCCUUGUUGGCAACCCACCUUUUGAAACAGCCAAUCACACUGAAACGUACAAAAGAAUCACAAAGGUGGAUUUCAAGUUCCCUCCAAAUGUCUCAGAAGGGGCUCGAGACCUGAUCUCUAAGCUGCUCCGUCACAAUCCAAUUGAUCGCCUCUCUCUACAAAAUGUCAUUGAUCAUCCAUGGGUGCGUGCUAACUCUCACAGAGUGCUUCCCCCAACCUACGCAGCAAAAAAAUGAACCCACCUGACACAAGCUGCCCUCCACCAAUGGAUCUUCUCUGUCUUCCUGAAGAGACGCUGCACCAGCAUUUUUGCUUUUACUGCCUUGGGCUUUAAACUACCAACACAUUUUUUAAAAUAAUCAUUUAUGCGUAUUUACUGUUUUUGUUGUACAGUGUGACGUUAUUAUCAAUGUUAUCAAAGUACCUUUUCUUAGCCGUGUCUAUCAUUUAAAUGUUUUCCUCUCUAAAUCUUCUUAAAGGGCAAGGGCAUCGUUUUAAGUUCUGUAUUAGAAGUUAUUAUUAAAUAAAUUUUAUAAAAUAAA